CAGAUCUGUCAAGCUUACACAAAUCAGCUGUGUUUGACGUUGGCAUUGUUUAGCUACAAACUCUUGAAAACCUUUGGAUUUAACCGUAUUUAAAUGAUUGUUUGAUGAAUUAAAACAGAAAUUCGUCAGGAAGACGGCCUGCUUAAACAAAAUGUCCUGUGAAAUUCGCGUGACAGCUACCAUACAAGAUAUUCCGAGCAUCCGAAGAUGCUUAUUUCCGACUGAUGACCACAGAGGUACAGAGUCCUGGCUUCAAACCUGCCACAUAGCAGCCUCACCGACAGGCGAUGUGUUGGCGAUAGCCAAUGAGAGGAGACUGGUCAUCCUAAGCUCAAAAUGGGACUCAACUUUAUCAAGGAGUCUGUUUCAGAUCAAUUUUGCUGAUUCCAUUCACGACUAUGAUAAGGUGAAAGCCGCCCUUUGUCUCCCAAUUGUGGGGGAAAGUCACAGUUCACACGUGGGACCUGAUUGGAUCUGUACUGUUUUAGGUUUUGACUCUGGUUACGUGCGCUUCUACACAGAAAGUGGCGACUUAUUGUUCGAGGAGCAAUUUCACAGCGAAAAUAUCACGGGCAUCAAAUGCCAGAGCCAACACAACCCCCGGCCGGAUUUAUCGCCCGAAUUGCAUCCGGAAGAACUCUAUAUUCACUACCAAAGCAAUGUUUGUCUGGUGAGUGGCCAGCAGCUGUUUGAGAACCUGAAGAACUUGAGGAGCCAGCUGGCGAGAGUGCAAGCCAAAGGAAGUCCAAUAGAAUUCAAAGGCGUUCCGCUCAGCGUCAGAAAAUGGGGCUUUCAGGACCAAAGCAGUGUCAACGACGUGGCUGUGAUUGGCCUUAACAUGACGAAUACAUUCGACCAUCUUCUCACUGCCUCCGUUUGUGGAGGAUUUGAGGCAAAGUAUCGGAACACCGCCCCCAAUAGUACUUUGGUUCUGGCGGCCGGUUCCAAACCGUUCUUGGGGUACCACUAUGCAUUGGAGGGGGUUACGCAGCCUGUUUUAAGCGACGUGGCCAAAGCAGUUGCAAGCAAAUUGAAAUCGGCAUUACCUGGCUGGCUAACAGGGGCGAAGUCCGAGACUAAGGAGGUGACCAUUGCAAUGCACCCAGUGGAGAAUAUGGCGCUUCGCUUUGGUCUAUGUGAUUUGAGACGGACUGCUUCAGAAAUUUUCUUGUCUCCCAGUAAAAAACUUGCUGCAGUUUCCGAUAGUCUUGGCCGUGUGCUUUUGAUUGACUCCUACAGGGGAGUGAUCCUGAAAAACUUCAAGGGCUACAGGGAAGCCCAGUGCGCCUUCUUGCAGGUUCCGGAUGAACGUAAAAGCAAGCACCGAUUCGGCAACAAAGUGGCCACAUUCCUGCUAAUCUACUCGCCCAAAAAGGGCACGUUAGAAAUCUUCACUGUGCAGCAAGGCACGAAAAUCGUCACAUUUUCCGCAUCUAAAUACAGCAAACUGCUGUAUAUUACUCACGGUUUGAUGGGAUUUACGACCACAUCUAAGUCGCGUUAUGUUUGCCAAUAUACGUGUGUGUUUCUGGACAAUGAUGGUCAAAUUCGCGAAAUUUCCGUACCAUUUCAUUUCGCCUUGGCGGAGAAGAGCAGCAUUCGGGCCAGGGAUAUUCACCUACACAAGAAACUCCGACAGUUGAUUAAAACGGAUUGUCCAAGUGAAGUCGAUUUGGACAAAGAGAUUUUUCACAUUUGCACCGAGCUGAAGACCGUUGAAUUGCGCCAGCAAACUCUGGAAAUGCUGUUGAAUCACGAAAGAAUAUCUGCAGAAGUACUGGCGCGAUGUUUGCAGCACUUUUUAGAUGAUCCUGCUGAAGGCGACGCUCAAUCCACCUUCCGGGUGCUUUGCACCAACGCUAAAUCCGUGCUGGAGCUGUACUUAUUCGCGGUAUCCACAUCCUGUGAAGCUCCAGAAAACGACAAUAACGCUGAUCACAACAACAAGCUCAACUUAGAAGAACGAGACUUGCAGGGGCUGCAAAAAUUGCUCGAUUUGGCCACUGCCACACAAAACGAAGAUCGAAAUACUCCCAGGGUGCGCUUCUCUUCCUACAAAAAUUUCCCAGUAUCCAGCUUUUUGUGGUGUUUCGAUCUCACAAGCGCCGAUGAAAUUGGGCUGAAGCCCGAUACAGAGGAGCUUGAGCUAUUGAAAAGUUCUGAGGUACUGUUCCGGGACUACAUAUCUGGAACCCGCCACAACCUGUCGGAGUUUUCUUCCGCAUUAUUAGCCAGUCGCGUCCGAAUAAAAGACCUGUUCAACUUGGCCAUUCACUAUUGGGUGUUCAGGUCCUUGGACAUCAGCCUGAACCUGGAGCAGGAUAUGUACAACUUCCUGCAGGUGAUUACCGCUUUAGGAAGGAUGGCGAACAAGGAGAUUCUUGCUGAUGUGGAGACCGUUGGAGUGUCGGGCUUUUGGGGUGAUAUCCGAGAGACUUUGGCCAACAAUGCCCGCUCAUUUCCAGCUUUAAUGGCCGCCAUGCUUUGUAAGCACGUGAUGCAACGAGACGAAUUGCAGGAUUUGGAAGAUAAUAUGGAGCUGCUCACACAAGAAGAUAUAGAAUGGUCGUUGCUUAUUGGAAAACUUGAAGACAUAUCAACCUUAAACCUAGUGCUGGGUUUCAAGCCCCAGCUUCAAAGGCCAGUGCUUCCAAAGCUCAGCCAUGAAAAGGUGGAUAUUAGUCUAAAGUAUAUCCUGCAAAACGGCAAAGGCUCAGUAAGCGAGCUGACCGCCCGAUGGCUGACCACGUGCGGUAUCGGUCCGCAACAGAUCGUGCUUAACGACAAAAUCAUCUCACACGCUUCAGCCAAUCCAGAUCAAAACCAAGACAUCUCUGAGGGGAUGCAUUUAGAGAUGAUUCAGCAAGUAAACUCGGAGGCUGUUUUCAAGUAUUUAAACUUGCUAAAGCAGCAAUUCCCUUACAGCUUAGAGGUCAACAAUCUGUUGUCGAACGUUUGUUGGGAAUACGCUCUCGCAUGGAGGAGAGACAUUAAGGACUUGAGUAAUUUGAGAGCAGCCCUUCAGUGUCUUAAAGAAGUGCCGGAUAAACGUGUUCGAGCUGGGCUGUUUCAGCUGAUGUGGAACACGCAUUUGAAGAUUGUCCUUGAAGCCAGCUGCAAGCUGAUCAAUAAAGUGGGCAAAUUGCCAAAAGAGAGACUGUGCCAGCAGGACACCGGACUGUCCGAUAAGGAAAUAGCAGAAUUUAUUGAAAUUUCAACCGAUUUCCUCGACUCUUUCCUCGAUACCCUUCAAAGCGAACCCGACCUACCCAAACCAGAAGUAAAGUUUGAACCUCUCUUUGAAAAUAGCGGCCCGCUGGCUCUAAUAGAGCUGGCCGUUCAACAGAAACGUGCCGACUACGGCCUGCUACACUUGCACUAUCAACUCUGCGUAGUGCUACACAUGAUCACGAAGUUCAAUGUGAAACACGCCAAACCAGUCAACAAUCUCUUUGAACCUUCUUUGGUCGGCUUCUUCUUCACCGACUUGCAGCGACAACAAGACGUUAGCUGGAACAAGUCGGACGUGAGGACGAAUUCCUCAAGGGAACAGUUUUUGAGAAAAAUAAUCACUUCCAGUUUGGAAACCGUCACCCUGGAUGAUGAUGGUCAGGUUUACUGCAAGGAGCACAUGGAGUGGAUGGACAAGUGCCUAAUGUUAACUAGAAUUUGGAAUCUGAAUGUCGAUAGCUUUAGAAGAUAUCAGAUAAUAUUGCUGUACAUGAGUGGCUACGAUUUGGUGGCUCAGGACCUUAUUCCUGCCGUUGACGAGCCAGAACUAUUAGGUGAAGACUUGCUAAAAGUGGCAGGGAACCGAUUGGGCCAGUUUCUAUCGUCUUCGGUCAACUUGGGCGAAAACAUCGCCGCACUGAGCCCUAUGUUAAGCCGCUAUAUAGACUCUUUAAAUGAAGGUUCGUGUUCCCCUAGCAAUCUAACCAACAUCAAAGUGCUGGCCAAUCAGGCGAAGAACUGCAUAGGAGAGUCCCAAAAAGAGUUAUUCAAGCUGGCCGAGCUCCUUUUAGACGCCUGUGACACUUUGGAGCAGAUUCGUGACGCCGAUGCAAAUAAUGCGUAGUAGAAAAUAAAUAGCGUGUUUUAUCGUCUGCCACAACGUGCAAGCGACUAGUUUGGUUAGAGGAAACUGUUUUUCUAGAUACUACUCUAGGCGCUCUUGCUUCAAUUCGCAGUUCAUUAUACCUACUACCCUCAAUAACUUAAAUCUCUCUUUAAACUUUUAGCUGAAAGUAAUGUGAUACCAUUUAAUAACUGUUCGUUUUUAUAGGAGUACGGUCCUUUGUGACCAAUAAAGAUUAUUUUUUAAUUCA